CGAGGGUGAGCGAGCGCUGUCCCGGCUGCUGUCCGCCCGCCGCGCUCCCGAGCCUGGGCAGCGCUGAGCCAUGGACCUGCGGAUGCUCUCCCGGGAGCUCUCGCUCUACCUGGAGCACCAAGUCCGAGUUGGCUUCUUCGGCUCUGGAGUGGGCUUAUCCCUGAUCCUAGGCUUCAGCGUCGCCUAUGCCUGCUACUACCUGAGCAGCAUUGCCAAGAAACCCCAGUUAGUAACGGGAGGUGAGAGUUUCAGCCGCUUCCUACAGGACCACUGCCCCGUGCUGACGGAAACGUAUUACCCGACUGUCUGGUGCUGGGAGAGUCGUGGGCAGACACUGCUCAGACCUUUCAUCACUUCCAAGCCUCCAGUGCACUACAGGAAUGAACUUAUUAAAACUGCAGAUGGAGGGCAGAUUUCACUGGACUGGUUUGAUAAUGAUAACAGUACCAUUUAUACGGAUUCGAGCACCAGACCCACUAUCUUGUUGUUGCCUGGCCUCACUGGAACAAGCAAGGAAUCGUAUAUCCUUCAUAUGAUCCAUCUCAGUGAAGAAUUAGGAUACAGAUGUGUGGUUUUUAACAACAGAGGAGUAGCAGGAGAAAGUCUUUUGACGCCAAGGACUUACUGUUGUGCUAACACUGAAGACUUGGAGACCGUUAUUCAGUAUGUUCACAGCCUGUUCCCUUCUGCUCCUUUUCUGGCAGCAGGGGUUUCAAUGGGAGGAAUGCUGCUUCUGAAUUACCUGGGCAAAACUGGGCCCAAAACUCCCUUGAUGGCGGCUGCAACUUUUUCAGUUGGUUGGAAUACUUUUGCCUGCUCGGAGUCAUUGGAGAAACCACUGAACUGGCUGCUUUUUAAUUACUAUUUGACAACCUGUCUCCAGUCCUCAGUUAAUAAGCACCGGCAUAUGUUUGUUAAACAAAUUGAUAUGGAUCAUGUCAUGAAGGCUAAGUCUAUUAGAGAGUUUGAUAAGCGAUUCACUGCAGUCAUGUUUGGAUACCGGACAAUUGAUGACUAUUAUAUUGAUGCCAGUCCAAACAGGAGGUUGAAGUCAGUAAGAAUUCCUGUGCUGUGCCUCAAUUCUGUGGAUGAUGUUUUCUCACCCAGUCAUGCUAUUCCAAUAGAAAUUGCUAAACAAAAUCCUAAUGUGGCGUUGGUCCUUACUUCUUAUGGAGGCCAUAUUGGUUUUCUGGAGGGAAUCUGGCCAAGGCAGUGCACUUACAUGGAUCGUGUCUUCAAGCAGUUUGUGCAGGCCAUGGUUGAGCAUGGACAUGAACUCUCUAACAUGUAGUUCUUCAGUGCAUUAUGUCUGAAUCACCAUUUUCAAGGCAGCUCAGCUUAGUGCACAAAUUUUAAAUACUGUAUAUAAAGCAAAGAAGCCAGCAGAUGGGUGAAGAGGUCCAGAAUGACAUGCAAAAAUGACUUUUUAGGAAAACAAAACCACUUUGUAGCAAGAAAUUAAAUAUAGUUUAGAUUGUUACUUAUGUAGAUUUUAUUUUUACUAUGCCUUACCAAAUAUGACCUUAAAUAAAGUAGUCCUUCUGUACAUGGAAUUGUACUUAAACAAAACUAUUAUGUAAAAAGGUUUUAAUUCCUCAGGGUUUUAAUUUAGGCAAUUUUUUUUUUAGAUUACUGGUUUUAAGUGACUUAAUUAUACCUUAAUAAUUGUUCAGAGAUUUUGGUUUUACUUGAAUGUAAGUUAUAAGAUGGCACAUUCCUAAGGGUAUUUGUACUUGAAUGGUAAUGUGAAAACUGAAAUGAGAUAAUGUGCUGAGAUAAUACAAUGUGCUAAAUCUUUUAUGUGUUCUAACUUUAAUGACAAGUGCAACAAUGUUAGCCUGACUUCUGUACAUGCUCUUUUACUCUGAUAAUAUGUUAGGGCUGAUUUAUGUUUUGUAAUGUUGAUAAUUUACAUGCUUAUUUUUAAAAUAGUAUAUGUGCACACAUAUAAAUCAUAUUAAAACCUAUUAUUUUAAAUUG